CAAAUCUUCAAAUCUUCUGCAAUAGUCACCCCCUCCUCACUACCAAAAUACCCUUUAUCUGCCUCCUUCAACGCCAGACGCCUCCGCAAGAUUUCUACCCUUCCUCUCUUUUGCUCCAAAUCGGGUCCAGCUCUCGAGGGAAGAAAGUCUUUAUAACUUGAAGAGAAUCCCACUACUAUUCUUCCUGUUGUACCGAUAUUUCUACUGGUGUUGGAGAGAUACCUGUGCAACAUACAGAUAAACCUUUAUAGGUUUACUCAAGACGUUCCAAGCAUAGAGAGGGAGUUCCUUCAAGCAUGCCUUCUACCAAUCCUCCUGAUUUGUCAGCAAAUCCUCACCCUUUAGUCCCUCUUUACAUCUCCUAAUGAAGGUCUCAGAUACUGCAGAAAGUCCAUCAAUAGUCAAUGAUUUGCUGGAUUAUCUGAAUGAAUCAUGGACACAUUUUCAUGCUACAGCUGAAGCAAAACGUCAACUUAUAGCUGCUGGAUUUCAUUUGCUAAAUGAGAAUGAUGAAUGGGACCUGAAGCCCGGGGGACGUUACUUCUUUACACGGAACAUGUCCAGUCUAGUAGCCUUUGCUGUUGGAGAAAAGUACACCUCAGAUAGCGGGUUUCAUGCGAUCGCUGCGCAUACAGAUAGUCCAUGCCUGAAACUGAAACCGAUAUAUUCUUCAUUGAAGUCUGGGUUCCAUAUGAUGAAUGUCCAAACUUAUGGAGCUGGCUUGUGGCACACAUGGUUCGACAGAGAUUUAAGUGUUGCGGGAAGAGCUAUCGUGAAAACUGGCGAUGGGUCGUUCCUACAUAAGCUUGUGAAAGUCAAGAGACCUUUGUUACGAGUACCAACACUGGCCAUUCAUCUUGACCGCACAGUGAACACAGACGGGUUUAAACCAAACCUAGAGACUCACCUUGUUCCACUUACUGCGACAAAGCUUGAGGAGGCAUCUACAAAAUCUGAAGAGAAAACUACAUCUUCAAAAGCUGCACAUCAUCCACUGCUUAUGCAGGUCUUGUCUGAUGAACUGGGCUGUAGUAGCUCUGAUGAAAUCGUGGGAAUCGAGUUGAAUGUCUGUGAUACCCAACCUAGCUGCCUUGGAGGUGUAAAUAAUGAGUUCAUCUUUUCUGGGAGACUAGACAAUCUUGCUUCAAGUUAUUGUGCUCUACGAGCUCUUGUGGAUUCAUGUAAUUUGCCUGAAGAUUUAUCAAAUGAACAUGCUAUCAGAAUGGUUGCUUUAUUUGAUAACGAAGAGGUAGGGUCGGGUUCAGUACAGGGAGCAGGUGCCACCACUAUGUUUCAGGCCAUGAGACGAAUCAUCGAUUGCUUAGCUCAUGAAUUCUUGCGAGAGGGUGAUUUUGAACGUGCCAUCCGCCAAUCUUUUCUUGUGUCAGCAGACAUGGCUCACGGUGUGCACCCAAAUUUUGUGGAUAAAUAUGAAGAACACCACCGACCAGAAUUACAGAAGGGGCUUGUUAUCAAGCACAACGCGAAUCAACGCUAUGCUACGAGUGCAGUAACAGCCUUUCUAUUUAAAGAGAUAGCAAAUAUCCACAGCCUUCCAACUCAGGAAUUUGUAGUAAGGAAUGAUAUGGGAUGUGGAUCUACGAUCGGUCCUAUACUGGCUGCAGGGGUUGGCAUCCGAACUGUGGAUUGUGGUAUUGCGCAACUCUCCAUGCACAGGCCUCUAACCUGGGGGUGGGCAAAUGGGCCUGUGAUUUUCAAUGAAGACAAAGGAAGCGCCUCUGAUUCAGAGCAUUGGUGUGAAUGGACCACGGCCAAGAUAUCUCCUCAGUCGUAGCUGCUAAUCUUGGGCCUUUCCUUGAGUUGAACAUGGACUGUUGCUGUAUCUUUCUUAUGCAUCUAUUUGCAGGAAAGAAAGAUGUGCAUUGUCCUUUAUGGAGAUUUUGGGGGUAACGGGUGUAUUCACGUUGGUUGGGACCCAACAGAAACCAAUGGUUUAUAGUCGUCUAAGCUGAAAACAUGAGCAUGGUGCUGUAUAUUGUUAAUAUAUACCUCAGUGAGCCCGCCCUAUGGUCUACAUCAU